AUUGUAAUGUGUUUGAUGCCACGAGUAGCAUUGUUUCUUCCAACCUGGAAAAAAAAUAUGGGAAGGGAUUAGAAUGAUAUUGGUUUGAAAGGACAUAGAAUUUUUUUUCCCCAGUGAAAUAAAGCAUGGCAUGGAAGACAGCCAGGAGCUCUCGUUUCUAAAGAUUUGAAAGGUCAAUGUACGAUUCAGGCGAGCAAGGGCGUCUUCUCUUCCUUUACCCCUCCCACCGCGAUGGUUCAUUCCGCAAAAGAUGGCCGACGCCGCGGAUUGCUUUGCGCACGCGCGAUGAAACAGGCGGUUCCCGAGCAGCUGGAGGUUAGUGAAGGUGGUUUUUUCUUCUGCCUUCUCCCGUUUCGGUAUGGCAUUGAUCCAGAGGCAUCUUCCUGUUUAUUCUGGGUGAUGAGAUUCGUUUGAGUGCUGAAGAGGAGUUAAAGAUUUGUCCAUGAAUAAUUUAAAUGAUCCCCCUCACUGGAACAUCCGGCCUAACGCAAGGGAUGAUGAUGGUCAUGGAAGCAAAUGGAAUUAUGCCUUGUUGGUUCCAAUGUUGGGUCUGGCUGCUUUCCGUUGGAUCUGGUCCAGAGAGUCUCAGAAAGAGAUAGAAAAAGAGAGAAAAGAUUAUUAUCAAAAACUGACAUUUGCACAGAGAGAGCUGGAGUCUAAAUACCGUGACAUAAUCACAGAAAACCGCCGUACGGUUGCACACUUGGAGCUGGAAUUGGAAAAAGCACAGAACAGAACACAGAGUUAUCGCCAAGCUCUUGUUUCUCAGAGUUAUAAACUGGUGGAAGAAAGAAAAGCUCUGGAACAAGAACGAAGAAAAUUAGAAGAAGAGAAACAAAUUCUCCAGCACUCAGGAGCUGCUGGAGCUUUGUACCAAAACUGCUUGGAAAAGGAAGAGGAGUGGCAAAAGAAAGCUGCUGCGUUACUAAAAGAGUGUGAAGAUGCUCUUACGAAAAGGCAGGACAUCUACUGCAGCCUUGUGGUGCCAAGACACCAACGACUAGAAGUUGAGAAGCAGUUGCUAAUUAGAGCAGCAACUGAUCCAGUUGCUUUGGACCUGGAGAUGGAAGCUGGCCUAAAUGAUAUUUUCAGGCAUGAUACUUAUUGCAGCAAUUUGUUAAACACUAACAAACGUCGGAAUGGAAGGCUAAUGUGGCUCUACCUUCGAUACUGGGAAUUAUCUGCUGAACUCAAAAAAUUCAAGAGGGUAGAGAAAGUCAUGUUGGGAAGGUAGUGGGUAAAAAAAAGGCUUUUCAUACAUUGCUCACACCAGCUAUGGCAGUGGCUCUCAACCUUGGGUAACCCAAGUUCUUGGACUGGUAACUCCCAGAAACUUUUGCCAGCACAGAUAGUGGUGAGGGCUUCUGGGAACUGCAGUCCAGGAGGAUCACUUGGAUUAUCCAAGGUUGGGAACUACUGAGCUGUGGCAUUUAUCUGUAGAAUACUGUCAGCUUCCACCAUCACGUUUGUAUUAGUUAUCUAAUAUUCUUUGAAAAAAAAAGCCAGAAUUCUUUGGGAUUUUGGUUUAUCAUGGAUGUGGCAGCACAUCUACAUACUCUGCCUAAUAGCUUCCAUCAGUGGUUUGUUUGUUGGGACAUCCAAAUAUGGCACUCAACAAUCCAGAGUUAUAAGCCAUGGCUUACUUAUGGCUUGUUGGAAGAAGAGACAGGCAAGAUGCUGGUUUUGAUGUCAGCAACCAGGCAGUGUGAUGAGCAUGCAUCUUUUGCACUAUAUGCCAAAGUUCUACAGAAUUCUGCAUUAUUACUGCAUGCAAAUCCACUACAGUUCAAUUUUUCUUCCUAUACCCAGUGUGUAUGCUUAUUGAGUGGUAGCAUUCUCCUCUGUGUCAACUAAAAACUAAGUGUCUAUAAUCACUACAAUCUUAUAUGUGUUUACUUAGAAAUAAAUACUGCUUGAGGUUUAUUCUCUGGUACAUAUAUUUUAGGAUUGAAGCUAUUGUUCUGGGUUUAGAGGAAAUAACUUCAACAUCUACUGCUUGCAUGGCAACCCUUUUCCAGAAAGAUACGUUUCUUCAUUACUUGGAAGCAACAUCUCAUAAUUACAGAUCUGGGGUUUUUUUUAGUUUUAGAACUGGUUUUAUAUUUUUGUUUGAUUUUUUUUGCCAGAGAGUUUACUGUAAUUACUGAAGCGGUCUAUUUAUACAUAAGUUAUUUGGCA